AUGAAUAAAUUGGAAAAAUUAGAAAUUGCUGAAUCCGAAUAAUUUAUUGAGUACAACAUUCGUUACUCAAAAUGUAAUUUUUUAUUAAAGUUAAGAUUGGCAAACGCUCUUGGAGAAAUAAAUAACUGUUGAAAAAUAAGCAAGAUCUUUAAUUUCUGUAUUACUCUCCAACUUCAAUAAAAGAUCUCUCAUCCUUGAAAAUGGCUACCUAAAAUAUGGUAAUAUUGAUGCAAAAGCGCAACCAAAAUAUGAGAUUCAUAUUAGUAAGUUAAUAGACGAUGUUUGUGAAUUCUAAAUUGAAAAAGCUCCAUAUAGAAGUCAAAAUUCUCGUGGAUAUUACUUAGGUCGUUCAACAAACUAAGAUAUAAAUUUCAAAUUAUCAUUUACGUUUAGAAGAAAGCACAUGCGAUUUUUUAAAAAGAAUUAAUCAAUCUAAGGUAGUUUUUUAUUGGCUGAAAAGGAUGAGGUAAAUUUGGAGUGUUGGGUUUUUAAAGGAAAAUUAGAUUAAGAGUAACGAGAAGUAGUUUCAAAAUACAUAGAUUUAUUGAUAGAUAAAAAAGUCUAACGACAACCAUCGCCUAUACCACCAUCGUCUAAACCAUAAACUGCAAUUCCUUAUUAUUUAAUUAAAUAAUAUGACAACCUAAAUAUAAUUAACUUAAAUGAGCCUUACCUAUUAGUCAAUUUAAAUGCUCUAAUAUAACAUUAAAAGAAUAUUAUUUUAUAAAGUCCUUUAGUUAUUUGCCUAAAUACAUUUAAUGCAUAUUAAAUCUCUUUAAUAAUAAACACUCAAAAAGUAUAAGAAAGAAUAUUAUUGAUAAAUUUAAAGUUAUUUGAGCAAUAGCAAAAUAUAUCUCUAGAAAAUUUAGGGUUUACUAAUUAGAGCAUUAUCGAUGUUUCAUUAAAUUAAUUUUGUCUAGUUGAUGAAUAAUCAUACUCUUAAGAACAAAGUAGUUUAUAAAUACAAAGUUAAUCUAAGAAAAAUAUAAGCAAAAACUCAUAUAAAAAAGAGAAAGUGAAUAAUUAAUAAUCAUCACAUCUACUAAAUACAAAUAGUUUAAACGAUUAAUCGUAUAAUAAUAAAAAUACGAAGUAAUAGGUGAAUACCCAAAGUUAAAAUAAUACAGUAUUUAAUACAAAUAGUUUUACUGGUCCUAAUGAUGGUAAUUAAGUGGAUACAAAAAGUUAAACUAAUACAGUACUUAAUACAAAAAGUUUUACUGGUCCUAAUGAUGGUAAUUAAGUGGAUACAAAAAGUUAAACUAAUACAGUACUUAAUACAAAAAGUUUUACUGGUCCUAAUGAUGGUAAUUAAGUGGAUACAAAAAGUUAAACUAAUACAGUACUUAAUACAAAAAGUUUUACUGGUCCUAAUGAUGGUAAUUAAGUGGAUACAAAAAGUUAAACUAAUACAGUACUUAAUACAAAAAGUUUUACUGGUCCUAAUGAUGGUAAUUAAGUGGAUACAAAAAGUUAAACUAAUACAGUACUUAAUACAAAAAGUUUUACUGGUCCUAAUGAUGGUAAUUAAGUGGAUACAAAAAGUUAAACUAAUACAGUACUUAAUACAAAAAGUUUUACUGGUCCUAAUGAUGGUAAUUAAGUGGAUACAAAAAGUUAAACUAAUACAGUACUUAAUACAAAAAGUUUUACUGGUCCUAAUGAUGGUAAUUAAGUGGAUACAAAAAGUUAAACUAAUACAGUACUUAAUACAAAAAGUUUUACUGGUCCUAAUGAUGGUAAUUAAGUGGAUACAAAAAGUUAAACUAAUACAGUACUUAAUACAAAAAGUUUUACUGGUCCUAAUGAUGGUAAUUAAGUGGAUACAAAAAGUUAAACUAAUACAGUACUUAAUACAAAAAGUUUUACUGGUCCUAAUGAUGGUAAUUAAGUGGAUACAAAAAGUUAAACUAAUACAGUACUUAAUACAAAAAGUUUUACUGGUCCUAAUGAUGGUAAUUAAGUGGAUACAAAAAGUUAAACUAAUACAGUACUUAAUACAAAAAGUUUUACUGGUCCUAAUGAUGGUAAUUAAGUGGAUACAAAAAGUUAAACUAAUACAGUAUUUAAUACAAAAAGUUUGAAGGGUCCUAAUGAUGGUAAUUAAGUGGAUACAAAAAGUUAAACUAAUACAGUACUUAAUACAAAUGGUUUGAAUGGUCCUAAUGAUGGUAAUUAAGUGGAUACAAAAAGUUAAACUAAUACAGUAUUUAAUACAAAAGGUUUUAAUGGUCCUAAGGAUGGUAAUUAGGUGAAUACAAAAAGUUAAACUAAUACAGUAUUUAAUACAAAAGGUUUUAAUGGUCCUAAGGAUGGUAAUUAGGUGAAUACAGAAAGUUAAACUAAUACAGUAUUUAAUACAAAAAGUUUUAAUGGUCCUAAGGAUGGUAAUUAGGUGAAUACAGAAAGUUAAACUAAUACAGUACUUAAUACAAAUGAUUUUUAUGGCCCUAAGGAUAAAACUUAAGUCAAUAAUUUUUACUCUAACUCAAAAGGGCAACUUCCUAAUUAAAAUAAUCAAGUUGAAUCGAAAGCCACCCAUUUAAAUUAAUGUUAAAAUAACUAAUUCUAUUAAUAAUAAUCAACUACUACAUAACUGAAAUCUAUUUUACUUCAUAGGGUUAGCAAAAAUUAUUAAGAUUUAAUUUAAACCAAAUAAGAUUAAAUCAAUUUAUAAUUUAUUAAUAAAGAAUAAAUUUUUUAAAAAAUUGAUAUUCAAAAAUCAACUACUGAAAAUGUAGAAUCUUUAUUUACAGCUUUUAGUUUGGAUUUAACAUCCUUGAAUUACUCAGAAAGAUAAUAAAUUUAAAAAUAUGAAUUUUUUACAAAUAUUUGUUCUAUUAUUUUAACUGAAAAUUCAAUUUCACCUUUGCAAAAUUCUUUAUUCUUGUAAGGAUUUUAGAACGCAUAUAAGAAACCUUAAACCAGUUGA